GCCCAUGACAUGACCGGCGGCGGGAACGUUGGACCAAGCUUGGCAGAGGAGGAGUGGAAUUUGAGGGUGCUGCUCGUCUGAGUCGUCUCCGCCGCCGCCGCCGCCGCCUAGCCAUUGAUCCAGCAUUCCAGCUUCGUCUACGCUUGCAUCCAGUACUGCAGGCCCCUGCCUCUCAUGGAGGUGAAGAGCAAUGUCAUGAGCAAGGAAGGAGAAGCUAUGCUGCAACAGGGAGUGGGCGUUGUUAGGAAGCAGAAUGUGACCAUGAGGAUGGAGGUAUUCCACUGCGCCGUCUGCGCCAAGCCCCUUAGGCCUCCAAUCUUCCAGUGUUCUAGCGGGACUUCCAUCUGCUCGCCUUGCUAUCGCAAACUCCCGGUAGGCGAGCACGAUGCUUCCAAGCGUAGCUACACCAUGGAGCGUGUCGUCGAGAGUAUCUUGGUUCCCUGCAAGCUUGGAUGCAAUAUGAAGAUGGCCUACUACAGGCAGGACGCACACGAGAGGGAGUGCCUGAUGGGGCCGUGCGUCUGCCCGGUCUCGGGUUGCAGCUUCGUCGCGCCAGCGCCGGCGCUCCUGGGCCAUCUCACCACCUUGCAUCAGUUGCCAACAGCACCAGUCAAAUUGUUCGUGACGUUUCUCUGCCCAGUCAAGCCGGUCACUCAAGUUCUCAGCAGCGAAUGCGGCCGCCUGUUCCUGCUCCAUGUAGAGCCAGUCGAGUCGUUCGGCCAUGCAGUCUCCCUCACCUGCGUCCGGCCACAGACUCCACGAGAAGUGGUCGUCUCUGUUCAAUUCUCGUCCUCCGAAGGACAUUUUCAAGCCUCGAAGCUGGAAUUCAGACCCGACGCGGAACCAAGGCAAUGCUUGUGUGUCGUGCCCGGUGGAGGAGCCGACGUCUUGGUCAGCAUCAAGAUAUGCCUCGUGUACUCUGACAAUGACGAGCUGCAUGUCAAGGAUGAUGAUGAUGAGGAGGAGGAGGACGACGACGACCAAGACUACGACUAUGACGACGACGAGGAGGAAUGAUGCAUGCGUCGUCUCAAUGGUUUCGGUUACAAGAUGUAUUGAUAUAUUCAUGGAAUUAACCUCGUGCUGCUCAGAAUGUUGCUUCGGUUCGAUUUAAUUGUAGUAUGUGUUUUACUCUUGUUCUCCGUAUCCGAACUACCCAGUACUACUCGAACGUGUCAAUCAGUUCCUUUUUUUCAGUCCUUAUAUAUAUUACGUAUGAAAAGUUUCUCUGUCUUUA